AUGGUUGUUCUGAACACGGUGGCGUUGAUAAAAACAGCUUAUUCGUUAAACAUCUUCGUCUUUGAGAAGGAAGACAUUGCAUUCGGUUCGCCUUGGUGGUUCGUCGUCGUCGGUGUAGCGUGUUUCCUCGUUCUCUUCGCCGGGAUAAUGUCUGGACUCACACUCGGUUUAAUGUCCCUUGGCCUCGUCGAGCUUGAGAUUCUUCAGCAGAGUGGCUCCUCCUCUGUGAAAAAGCAAGCCGCUGCUAUCUUACCAGUGGUUAAGAAGCAGCAUCAACUGCUUGUGACUCUGCUUCUAUGCAAUGCAGCUGCCAUGGAGGCACUUCCUAUAUGUUUGGAUAAGAUAUUUCACCCUUUGGUGGCUGUUAUACUCUCGGUUACUUUUGUUCUUGCUUUUGGAGAGAUAAUUCCACAAGCUAUAUGCUCGAGGUAUGGGCUUGCUGUUGGAGCUAAUUUUUUGUGGUUGGUUCGCAUUUUGAUGAUACUCUGCUAUCCCAUUGCUUACCCUAUUGGAAAGGUUCUUGAUGCUGUAAUUGGGCAUAAUGACGCACUGUUUAGGCGAGCUCAACUAAAAGCUCUUGUCUCAAUUCACAGCCAGGAGGCUGGUAAGGGAGGAGAACUGACACACGAGGAAACAAUGAUUAUAAGCGGAGCCUUAGAUUUAAGCGAGAAGACUGCUGAGGAGGCUAUGACGCCAAUUGAAUCAACGUUUUCAUUGGAUGUAACUACAAAAUUAGACUGGGAGACAAUUGGGAAAAUACUUUCCAAAGGCCAUAGUCGAAUCCCAGUCUACUUAGGGAAUCCUAAAAAUAUCAUUGGUCUUCUAUUGGUGAAGAGUCUUCUAACUGUAAGAGCAGAAGCAGAGACACCAGUAAGUUCUGCUUCCAUUAGGAAGAUCCCAAGGGUUCCAUCAGACAUGCCAUUGUAUGAUAUCCUCAACGAGUUUCAAAAGGGAAGCAGUCACAUGGCUGCGGUUGUAAAAGCCAAAGACAAAGAUAAAAAGAAGUAUAUGCAGUUGCUGAGUAAUGGAGAAACACCCAGAGAAAAUAUUAACUUAUACUCGAGUCCUCCUCAUCUAACAACUCCUUUGCUUAAGCAUGUGGAUGAAAGGCGUGAUGUUGUUGUCGUUGAGAUUGAUAAAGUACCAACACAUGUGGAAAUUAGGGGAAGAAAUUUCAAAGAAAACGGCAUUGUCACAAGAGACUUGCCACGUUUGUUGGAAGAUAACGAGGAUGAAGAAGUUAUUGGAAUCAUCACUUUAGAAGAUGUCUUUGAAGAACUUCUACAGCAGGCAGAAAUAGUGGAUGAAACUGACGUUUACAUUGAUGUACAUAAAAGAGUACGAGUGGCGGCAGCAGCAGUAUCAUCCAUAGCACGUACUUCACCAUUGGAGUAUCAUCAAAGCAAGGGAGUAGUAACCGUGAAGAAGCUUAUGAAGAAUUACACAACAAAACUAACAGAGCCUCUUUUAGCAGAAUCAUAUAGAUAA